CCAUCAUACCUCCCCUCUAAAACUCUUGUCUUUUACUCUUCCUGAUCUGCUUCUAAUUUUUUGAUGGCUGUCUAAAGCCAAUGAUACAUGAGCCUGAGGAUUGGUGAAAAGGGGAGUCCUGUGUGCCAGAUCUCUAAGAAGAAAGCUGAGCAUAACGUCUAUAUUUCCAACACAGGGAAUAGGAAGCGUUCUAGAUUGGGGAGCAUCACUUUUGCAGGCAGGUUGCUUUAUGCAGAGCAGCCAAGGACAUCCCUGGACAAGAACAAAUAGAGAGAUGAGCCACGUGCAGGAGAGGAAGUGCUUUGUUUUCUGAGGACAGCAAUCGGGAAAGGAGAGACAGACUGCAACAAUCAGAAGGUGGGGAGCACUGAUUAAGAGGAGGUCCAGUCACAGGGGGUUGAAAAGGAGGGUACUUGGUCUAAAGGGAGUAUUUAAAAGUAAAAUAGCAGUGAGGGGGGGUCUACCAUGCUGCCAGAUUAAAGCAGAAGAAGAGAAAGUGCUUUACUGACAGUCUGAAGAAACAACACCAAGGGGUCACCGGCUCUCCAGAGACUGGGAUUACAACAGCAGCGAAGAGACGGAAUACAGCACUGCCCCAGAGACUAAAGGCGGGGUGGGCUGGUUAAGAAUCUUCAGGCUUUUUUUUUAAACCUGAAUAACUGUAUUGUUGCUUCUUAAAACAGAAGACUGAAGAAGAAAAGGAGGGUUUCUCUAGUAAGUGGCCAACAUUCCCUUAAAGCACAAAUCUGAAGUAGGAUCCCAGCAUGGCUGUCCAACUCAUCCCUGAAUCAGCUGUGAGUUUGCUUAUGAUGACAGAGGGAAGGCGGUGUCAGGUCCAUCUACUGGAUGACAGGAAGCUGGAGCUCCUUGUACAGCCCAAAUUGAUGGCAAAGGACUUGCUAGACCUCGUGGCCUCUCACUUCAACCUCAAGGAGAAGGAAUACUUUGGAAUUGCUUAUACAGAUGAAACGGGCCAUUUUAGCUGGCUUCAGCUGGACCGAAGGGUGUUAGAGCAUGAAUUCCCUAAAAAGUCUGGUCCUAUUGUUCUCUACUUCUGUGUCAGGUUUUACAUUGAAAGCAUUUCCUACCUGAAGGACAACGCAACGAUUGAACUGUUCUUUCUCAAUGCUAAGUCCAUCAUUUAUAAGGAGCUCAUAGAAGUGGACAGUGAGGUGGUCUUUGAAUUGGCUUCCUAUAUUCUGCAAGAAGCUAAAGGCGAUUUUACCAGUGAUGAUGCAACAAGGUCUGAUCUGAAAAAGCUCCCGGCUCUGCCCACUCAAGCACUAAAGGAGCACCCAUCUCUGGCUUACUGUGAGGACCGGGUCAUAGAGCAUUAUAAGAAGCUCAGCGGGCAGUCCAGAGGCCAGGCUAUUGUAAAUUAUAUGAGCAUUGUGGAAUCUCUGCCCACAUAUGGAGUACAUUACUAUGGUGUAAAGGACAAACAGGGGAUCCCGUGGUGGUUGGGUCUGAGCUAUAAAGGCAUCUUUCAGUAUGAUUACCAGGACAAAGUCAAACCAAGGAAGGUGUUUCAAUGGCGUCAGCUGGAGAACCUUUACUUCAGAGAGAAGAAGUUUUCAGUGGAAGUCCAUGACCCCAGGAGUAGGGCGUCGGUAACGAGAAGGACGUUUGGACACAGUGGCAUCGCUGUGCAUACCUGGUACGCCUGUCCUGCUCUCAUCAAGUCCAUCUGGGCCAUGGCUAUCAGCCAGCAUCAGUUCUACCUGGACCGCAAGCAAAGCAAGUCAAAGAUCCAUGCUGCACGGAGUCUGAGUGAGAUCGCAAUAGAUCUCACAGAAACAGGAACCUUGAAGACCUCCAAACUGGCUAACAUGGGGAGCAAGGGCAAGAUUAUCAGUGGCAGCAGCGGCAGUCUGCUGUCCUCAGGUUCUCAGGAAUCAGACAGCUCCCAAACUGCUAAAAAGGACAUGCUGGCAGCACUGAGGGCCAGGCAGGAAGCUCUGGAGGAAACUCUACGGCAGAGACUAGAGGAACUCAAGAGCAUCUGUAUCAGAGAAGCGGAACUGACAGGAAAACUUCCAAAGGAAUACCCUUUGGAUCCUGGGGAGGAACCACCCACGGUGAGGCGGAAGAUUGGCACUGCUUUCAAACUGGAUGAGCAGAAAAUCUUACCAAAGGGCGAGGAGGAGGAGCUUGAGCGCUUGGAGCGGGAGUUUGCCAUUCAGUCGCAGAUUACAGAGGCGGCCAGGCGGCUUGCCAGCGAUCCUCAUGUGAGCAGCAAGAAGCUGAAGAAGCAGAGGAAAACUUCUUAUCUAAAUGCACUUAAGAAACUCCAGGAAAUUGAGAACUCUAUCAACGAGUACCGGGUCCGCUCCGGCAAGAAGCCGACACAGAGGGCGUCACUAAUCAUAGAAGAAGCCAAUAUGUGUUCUGAGGACAGUUCAUUGUCUGAUGCACUGGUUUUGGAUGAUGAUGAUCCUCAAGUUACAGGCACCCCAAACUUCUCUCCUGUAGCGUCGCCUCAUAAAGGCCUCCCUCCACGACCCCCCUCUCACAGCAGGCCUCCUCCCCCGCAGUCCCUGGAUGGACUGCGACACAUGCACUACACUCGCUCUGACUAUGAUAAGUCUCCCAUUAAACCCAAAAUGUGGAGCGAAUCAUCACUGGAUGAGCCCUAUGAAAAAGUAAAGAAACGCUCCUCUCACUCCAGUCACAGACGUUUCCCAAGUUCAGGCAGUGCUGAAGCAGGGGGGAGUAACUCUCUGCAGAGCAGCCCGAUCAGGGGCGCGCCUCACUGGAACUCUCAGUCCAGCAUGCCAUCAACACCAGACCUGAGAACCAGAACUCCACACUAUGUACAUUCCACCAGGUCAGUGGACAUCAGUCCCACACGUCUGCACAGUCUCUCUCAGCACUUUAGGAACCGCAGCUCCAGCCUUGAGUCUCAGGGCAAACUGCUGGUGUCCGAUCCUGAUGCACAUCCGCACACCCUGGGUAGUCCCGACUUCUUCCUUGGCCGGGGACGAGGCUCCAAUGGCUCCGACCCAUUGGAUGACUGUUCAUCCUGUACCAGCCAAAGCAGCUCAGAGCAUUAUUGUCCCUCUGGCGGACCCCCUGGAAGCAACCCAAACUACUCUACUCUGGGAGAGGACUCACCUUCUAAAGCCAGGCAAAGACAGAGGCAAAGGCACAGAUCUGCUGGUCACUUGGGUUCCUCUAACUCGGGCUCUAUGCCAAAUCUGGCAGCUAAGAACGGCUCCGUUGGAGGCUCAGGGGGAGGAGGAAUCGGAGGCGGGCAUCACGGGGUUUACCUUCACAGCCAGAGCCAGCCUUCCUCCCAGUACCGCAUCAAAGAGUACCCUCUGUACGUGGAGGGCAGCUCCAACGGUGUGGUGGUUCGCAGCCUGGAGAGCGACCAGGAGGGCCACUACAGCGUCAAGGCCCAAUUUAAGACCUCUAGCUCCUACACAGCGGGCGGACUUUAUAAGGAGGCCUGGGGUGGAGAGGAGGGGGGAGAGGGAAGUGGCCGGCUCACGCCAUCUCGAUCUCAGAUCGUACGGACUCCAUCGUUAGGGAGAGAGGGAGGAGGAGGCAGGGCGGCGGUGUCUGAGGAGCUGCGGUGUUGGUACCAGAGGUCAUCAGGGAGCCUGAAAGAAAGAAGCCACUCACAUUCAGGAUCCACAUCGUCUGAGGCCGGGUCACAGCAAGGCACUCUGGGACAUGGAAGGAGUAGCAGAGUUGGAUCACUUGCCAAAGGCUCACCAGCUGCGUCGCCUCACAGCCAGAGGAGUCUAACACCUUCCAGCGAGCAACCAGCUACGCCCACCCCCCCCUGUAGCCCACAGCACAUCAUCAACUGGAAGAGCGGGUCUUUUAGUGACAGCUGUUUUCUCAGCAGCCCCCUGUGCUCAGAGCUGGCAGAUGUGCAGUGGUACGGAAAAGACAAGGCCAAGCCUGGAACGCUGGUCUGAGACCUUCCUGUACGGCCCAGAACAACUUGUUUUCCUCUUUGUCCCUCACUGCUACCCAUCAACAACCAACAACCUCAUCCAGUCCAGACCUGACCCAAGCCUCUAUCCCGCCCCAAGUUUCUCCGCCUGUUUCUUAUGGCCUGUCUAUCACAGCUCAGCUGGACAGGGACACACUCGCUGGGCUUUGAUAAGGGCUGAUUUCACAGGACAGACUGAAAAGUGUUAAAAGGCCCCCCUUCCCCAAAUCCUAAAAGCACUACAGUCCUUUACCUUAUUCAGCGUCUGGAGCACAAAGGGACAAGAGGGUGAAAGGACAGAGCACAGGGAAUAUCAGCAACACAGAAAACUCCACAUCGGCUUAUUCUGCAACCUGUUUUCAUAUCACAUCCUGCAUCGCUCCAGUGCACUGCCACCCGGCCCAAAGAUACAUGCUGGAUAUGAGCCACUGGUUUUAUUCUCAUUUUUUAACUCUUAAUGAACUGUAUUGCAUUAUGUUAUUCCCAUAAACAUUGUUUCCUUACUUUUCUUCAUACAUACUAACAGAAAGAGAAGAUUUCCGAUGCGUGGGAAUAACCGGUACCACAAUCCCCUGGUAGGUGUCAGCAUGACAGAAUAGUCAGUCAGCAAUAUGUGAGGAAGCUCCUGGGAACCAUAUUAGGAUGUUUUCUGGGAGAAUAUCUGAAUGCACUAUAGCAAUAAAGAACUUUGUAAAGGUUUUUCCAAGAUGGUUUGAGUCAGCGGAGUGAAACUUAAACAGCAGGGGAGUGAAGGAUCUUUAGUGUAGAGUUUGGAGUGGGAUAUUAUUGGAUAUGGUUUCAAUCUGCAGUUCUUAAGAAGUUUGGCCACAAAGGAACAUACAGGUGCAUCUCUGUUCAUUGGAACAUUAUCUCAAUUAUAUUUUACUUUCUCAGUAAAUAUCAGUUCAAAGAUUGAAGAUCAGAUAUGCACACAUGUUUUUGACUUUCACUUCAAUUUCUGAUUAGUUGAAUACUUAUGAAUAAUUUAGAAAAAAAUGUGAAUAUAACUCCAUACAUACUUGUUGAGGUUCAUCAAGCCAUUUUACAGGUCAACAGUGAUAUCAGUUGUCAAAGCAGGUGUUAGAAAAUAAAAUCAGCAUUUCUAUGAAGGUUAUCUGUAGAGAGGGAAGCAGGAAGAGCUUUAAAUGUCCUCGGAAAUGACUUCUCUGUUUACCAACUCCAAGAGAUGAAGAAGCUGCCUAAACCAGCAACCUGUGAAACCUCAGACUGGACCUUUGUCCAGCUUCUGUUAAGUUCCUCUCCUCUCCUAAAAAAUGAUUUUUUUUUUGAGUAUUUACUAGAGAUGCAUCUGUAUGCAGUCAGACUAUUUGAUUUGUAUGAGACGUUGUUCCGGCUGCAUUCAGUCUCUAAAUUUCCUUUUAGUUCUCUUUUCUUUCAUGUUUUCCCUCACAGUUAAAUAUAACCGUUGAAGUCGGUUCUACCUUACAGUUCCAUGUUGAAACUGCUGAGUGUUUGUGGUGAAGUGUUUUUAUGGCGUGGGCCUUACUUUUGUCCUCCAGCUUGACUUCAAACUGGUUCUUCUUCUGCUGACUGUCUGUCCGUCCCUCUGUGGCGCUGUUCGUCUGAAGAAGUUCCUCACAUUCUGGUGCUCUGCAUUUGUACUGUAACCGAACGUUUACCCUAUUUCAGGCAUAAAACUGGCUCCAUCCAUCCUCCAGAGCAGCAGCCAGGGAAACACACUGAAUUCAAACUCCUUCAUUCAAACAUGUGGUCUGAAAGCACAACAUAUACAAUAGUUAAGGCUGGACCUGCAGUGACUGUUCUCUUAGCAAGUGCAACCAUUACUGUUUUGGUCAGAAGAAGCUACGCUCUCAGUGCAAAAGAAGAUAUGACCAGAGGUGAAAAAAAACAUUGAUAAAUGCGUAUAAUUCUUGCCCCACACCCUAAGCAACAUUCAGUACAGGGUUAGAAAAGCACACACCCUCUUGAAACCAGUUUCCCAGCUGUUGAUAAAAAAAAUCCCAGUGAUGCCAAAUGACUUCCUUCACUGUUUGUUGUAGCACAAAAAAAAA